UAAAUCGGUUCGUAACCUCACGACACUGCCUCGAAUCGCUUCUAAAUAUUGUAGUUUUGUCGUAACUAAUCUUAGACGAAUUUAGGGUUCUUUGUAGUAAAAACAACAGUGUUAAAGGACAAGCCUUGUCGGGUUUUUAAUUGAAUUCUAGAUCUGUUCUGUCAUAAUUUUCAUCUGGGUUUUUUCAAUUCUAGUCUUGUGUUGUAGUAGUAUCAGUGGUGAUCACCCACUAUUGCUAUGUUUCAGUGGUGCUUUGUAAAAAGCUGAAAUUGUUGACUUUUAUGUUUCUUUGUCUUCAUAAUUAAACUCCAUGAAAUUAUUGUAAGCUUGGAAUAAUAAAAAAAAAAAAAAAGAUUAGGUAUUUUGUUGAUUUGAUUCCUUUGUUUUUGUUUCACUCUUUGUUAGUUUCAUUGCCCACAGUGGUUAGAUAUCAGGGCAGUGAGUUAUUAUAUAGCUCUUGUGGAUGUUUAUACUGGUGUACAAGAUUUAAGAAUGUGCUUGUUGGUUCUGUGAAAUUGUCUAAUUUGUAUAAUAAUAUAUUCUCAGAACGUGGUAAGAUAGUAGAGAUUGGCUAACUUUUUAUUUCUUUUAUGAAAGUGAGUUGGGAGAUAUUUUGUUUCUCUUCUCUCGUUUUAUUCUUCUUGCGUGUUUUUAGUGUUGGGAUAUUUUUGUGUUUUUGUUAGUUUUCUCUCUUGGAAAGUAUUGGAGAAGACUUUGGUUUUUAUAUGUUGUCAUUUUCCAACGAUCUGAAUCCUGUGGGUAGAUAUUCUGAUAAUUUACUUGCACCUUUUUUGACGUUAAAAUAACAAGACUGGUGCUUUGAUGGGAUGAUGGGACAUCAUAUUGCUAAGAUUUAUGGUGUUAUCAUAUACUACUAGUACGUCUUAUCUUGAGAACAAAGACCAUGGAAUCUCACCUGGGAAAUGGAGUAGGCAGUUCGAGAUCUGCCAAAAGUGUAAAGAACACUUCUAGUUCAGUUGAUUGGUUGGGUAGAGAUAUGGUUGAGAUGAAGAUAAGGGACAAGACAGAUGCUGAUGAGGAGAGAGACAGUGAACCAGAUAUCAUUGAUGGGGUUGGUGCAGAACCUGGCCAUGUGAUCAGAACUACACUCCGUGGACGAAAUGGUCAAUCAAGACAGACAGUUAGUUACGUAGCAGAGCACGUAGUCGGAACUGGUUCCUUUGGAAUGGUUUUCCAAGCUAAAUGCAGAGAAACUGGGGAGGUUGUUGCCAUCAAAAAGGUUUUACAAGACAAGCGGUACAAGAACAGGGAAUUACAAAUUAUGCAGAUGCUGGACCAUCCGAAUGUUGUUUGUUUAAAGCAUAGCUUCUAUUCAAGAACAGAAAAUGAAGAGGUUUAUCUGAAUCUUGUCCUUGAAUUUGUUCCCGAGACUGUCAAUCGUACUGCCAGAAGCUACAGUAGAAUGAAACAGCUGAUGCCAUUGAUUUAUGUCAAACUCUACACUUAUCAGAUUUGCAGUGGACUUGCUUACCUUCAUAAUUGUUGUGGUCUUUGUCACCGUGAUAUUAAGCCCCAAAACCUGCUAGUGAAUCCACACACACAUCAGCUAAAAAUUUGUGACUUUGGGAGUGCGAAAGUGUUGGUGAAAGGAGAACCCAAUAUUUCUUACAUUUGUUCAAGAUAUUACCGUGCCCCCGAGCUCAUUUUUGGAGCCACUGAGUACACAACUGCAAUAGACAUAUGGUCCACAGGUUGUGUGAUGGCUGAACUGCUUCUUGGACAGCCUCUGUUUCCUGGCGAAAGUGGAGUAGAUCAACUUGUCGAAAUCAUAAAGGUUUUGGGUACACCAACAAGGGAGGAGAUCAAAUGUAUGAAUCCAAACUACACAGAAUUUAAAUUCCCUCAGAUUAAACCUCAUCCUUGGCACAAGGUCUUCCAAAAACGUUUGCCACCUGAAGCAGUAGAUCUUCUUUGUAGGUUCUUCCAGUAUUCUCCUAAUUUGAGAUGCACAGCGGUGGAAGCUUGUAUCCACCCGUUCUUUGAUGAGCUAAGAGACCCAAACGCUCGUCUGCCAAACGGCCGGCCACUUCCUCCACUUUUCAAUUUUAAACCGCAAGAACUCUCUGGUAUCCCUCCUGAAACUUUGGACCGGCUUGUCCCAGAACAUGCCCGUAAACAGAACCACUUCAUGGCGUUAGACUCGUAAGUCUCUUCCGGUUUUCUGUACGACCUGUCGGGUGUUCUCGUCUUUCCUCUAAGCUCUCUAGAUCUCAGUCUUUGGGAAAACCAGUAGAGCUCUCUCUGUAAACAUAAAUCACUGGAAAAAGAAGCAAUGACUUUGUUGUAUUAAGGUGCUUGCCCAUCCUUUUGUUGUGUCGAACAGGGGAUGCGUAAAAUACAGCACUACUUUGCUAGAUAAUGUUGAUAUAGAGGAACAUACUUACAUUUGCAAUACUAUGCCAUAACAUAAUUUUCC